UGCAAGUCUUCACAAAGAACUUGAACCAUUUCUGCUGAGAAGAGUUAAAAAAGAUGUAGAAAAGUCUUUACCUGCUAAAGUUGAGCAGAUUCUGAGGAUGGAAAUGAGUGCAUUGCAGAAGCAAUAUUACAAGUGGAUUUUAACCAGAAAUUAUAAAGCCCUCAGUAAAGGUUCAAAAGGCAGUACGUCAGGUUUUUUGAACAUCAUGAUGGAACUCAAGAAGUGUUGUAACCAUUGCUACCUCAUUAAACCACCAGAUGAUAAUGAAUUCUAUAAUAAACAGGAGGCCUUACAGCAUUUAAUACGUAGCAGCGGGAAACUAAUCCUUCUUGACAAGCUACUGAUUCGUCUGCGAGAACGUGGCAACAGAGUUCUGAUUUUCUCACAGAUGGUGAGAAUGCUGGAUAUCCUAGCAGAAUAUCUGAAGUACCGUCAGUUUCCCUUUCAGAGACUUGAUGGAUCUAUAAAAGGGGAAUUGAGGAAACAAGCACUGGAUCAUUUUAAUGCAGAAGGAUCAGAGGACUUUUGCUUUUUACUGUCUACUAGAGCUGGAGGAUUAGGUAUCAACUUGGCAUCUGCUGACACUGUAGUUAUUUUUGAUUCUGACUGGAAUCCACAGAAUGAUCUGCAAGCACAAGCUAGAGCACAUCGGAUUGGACAGAAGAAACAGGUUAAUAUUUAUCGGCUAGUCACAAAGGGAUCAGUAGAAGAAGAUAUUCUUGAGAGAGCCAAGAAAAAGAUGGUGUUAGAUCAUUUAGUAAUUCAGAGAAUGGACACUACAGGGAAAACCAUACUACAUACAGGCUCUACUCCUUCAAGCUCAACACCUUUUAAUAAGGAGGAGUUAUCAGCAAUUUUGAAGUUUGGUGCUGAGGAACUUUUUAAAGAACCUGAAGGGGAAGAACAGGAGCCCCAAGAAAUGGAUAUAGAUGAAAUCUUGAAGAGGGCUGAAACCCGGGAAAAUGAGCCAGGUCCAUUAACUGUAGGAGAUGAGUUGCUUUCACAGUUCAAGGUGGCCAACUUUUCCAAUAUGGAUGAAGAUGAUAUUGAGUUGGAACCAGAAAGAAAUUCAAGAAAUUGGGAAGAAAUCAUUCCAGAAGUCCAGCGGCGAAGAAUAGAAGAGGAGGAAAGACAAAAAGAACUUGAAGAAAUAUACAUGCUCCCAAGAAUGAGAAACUGUGCAAAGCAGAUCAGCUUUAAUGGAAGUGAAGGGAGGCACAGUAGGAGCAGAAGAUACUCUGGAUCUGAUAGUGACUCCAUCUCCGAGAGAAAAAGGCCAAAAAAGCGUGGAAGGCCACGAACUAUUCCUCGAGAAAAUAUUAAAGGAUUUAGUGAUGCAGAGAUCAGGCGGUUUAUCAAGAGUUACAAGAAAUUUGGUGGCCCUCUUGAAAGGUUAGAUGCUGUAGCUAGAGACGCUGAGUUGGUUGAUAAAUCAGAGACAGAUCUUAGACGUUUGGGAGAGCUUGUACAUAAUGGAUGCAUUAAAGCUUUAAAGGACAAUUCAACUGGACAAGAAAGAGCAGGAGGUAGACUUGGGAAAGUUAAAGGCCCAACAUUCCGAAUCUCAGGAGUGCAGGUGAAUGCAAAGCUAGUCAUCUCUCAUGAAGAAGAGUUGGCACCAUUGCACAAAUCCAUUCCUUCAGAUCCAGAAGAAAGAAAAAGGUAUGUCAUCCCAUGCCACACCAAGGCUGCUCAUUUUGAUAUAGAUUGGGGUAAGGAAGAUGAUUCCAACCUGUUAAUAGGCAUCUAUGAAUAUGGUUAUGGCAGCUGGGAAAUGAUAAAAAUGGAUCCUGAUCUUAGUUUGACACAGAAGAUUUUGCCUGACGAUCCAGACAAGAAACCACAGGCGAAGCAGUUACAGACCCGUGCAGACUACCUCAUUAAAUUACUGAAUAAAGACCUCGCAAGAAAGGAAGCACAAAGGCUUGCUGGUGCAGGCAAUUCAAAGAGGAGGAAAACAAGAACUAAGAAGAAUAAGGUGACAAAGGCUGCAAAAAUAAAAGAAGAAAUAAAAAGUGAUUCUUCACCACAACCAUCAGAAAAAUCUGAUGAAGAUGAUGAGGAUAACAAGGUAAAUGAAAUCAAAUCUGAAAAUAAAGAAAAAACUAAAAAAAUUCCAUUGUUGGAUACUCCAGUUCAUAUUACCGCAACUAGUGAACCAGUUCCUAUAUCAGAAGAAUCUGAAGAACUGGAUCAGAAAACUUUCAGUGUGUGCAAAGAAAGAAUGAGGCCUGUCAAAGCAGCAUUGAAACAGCUGGAUCGACCAGAGAAGGGCCUUUCUGAAAGAGAGCAGCUGGAACAUACUAGACAGUGUCUUAUCAAAAUUGGGGAUCAUAUUACUGAAUGUCUAAAGGAGUACACAAAUCCUGAACAAAUUAAACAGUGGAGAAAAAAUUUGUGGAUUUUUGUCUCUAAGUUUACAGAAUUUGAUGCCAGAAAGCUGCAUAAACUGUAUAAACAUGCAAUUAAAAAACGCCAAGAGUCUCAGCAACACAAUGACCAGAAUAUUGGCAGCAAUGUGAACACACAUGUAAUUAGAAAUCCAGAUGUGGAAAGACUGAAGGAGAAUACAAACCAUGAUGACAGUAGCAGGGACAGUUAUUCUUCUGAUAGACAUUUUUCACAAUAUCACGAUCAUCAUAAAGACAGGCAGCAAGGAGAUGCAUACAAGAAAAAUGACUCUAGGAAAAGGCCCUAUUCAGCCUUCAGCAAUGGAAAAGAUCACAGAGACUGGGAUCACUACAAACAAGACAGCAGAUACUACAGUGAUAGUAAACGCAGAAAAUUAGAUGACUACAGGAGCAGAGACCACAGGUCAAACCUGGAAGGAAGUUUAAAAGACAACUGGGCUCAUUCAGAUCACCGUUCCCAUUCAGACCACCGGAUACAUUCAGAUCACCGUUCCACUUCGGAGUACAGCCAUCACAAAUCUUCUAGAGAUUAUAGGUACCACUCAGACUGGCAAAUGGACCACAGAGCUUCGGGUAGUGGCCCAAGGUCACCACUAGAUCAGAGGUCUCCUUAUGGUUCAAGAUCUCCCCUGGGACACAGAUCUCCGUUUGAACACUCAUCAGAUCACAGAAGUACACCUGAACAUCUAUGGAGUAGCCGGAAAACAUAACAAAGACUGACAUUUUCUGGACCUUCUUUUAGCCAUAUACAGUAAACUAACACAGUAAUUGCCUUACAUGACUUGAAAGAUACGGACUGGAUAUUCAAUCAGUAGCAGUAUUGUUACUUCUUUCCAGGAUGCAAGGUCUAUUAUCCCAACAGAAGAAAAAUAUUUUUGUAUUUAAAGUUUAUGCUGCACUGUGCUGCAAAUGUUGUGGCACUCUUUUUUUUAAGAAAUAGAAGAUGUUUACUUUUACAGGGACCUCAACACUGCCCCUUUUAGACUGGAUCUUACUAUAAAACUCUUCAUGUGAAAGUGGAUUUAGGCUGAAUGGAUUUUAAAUUAUGUUUGUAAAUGAACUUUUAAACACUGACCUAUGCUUGUAUUUCAGGAAGGAAUGGGGAGUUUUUCUUUUGUUUCUUAGUAAAGAAUUCUCAAGGACUUUGUUCACUUUCCAAAGCUACUUGUUUACAUUGUACACUGCGACCACCUUGCCGCUUUUCAUCACAAGCUUGAAUAUUUAAAUUCUGUACCUAUAACUGUAAAAUAGCCAGGAUUUCUCCUGUUUGUGAUCAGUUAUAAUGCCUUUUUACAAAACAAACAAACAAAUAACAGUAAUAAUUAAAAAAACCCCACACAAACGAAUGGCUGUAAAUUAUUGUAAAUUAAUUAAAUAAGCUUUU